AUGAAAACGAAACGACUUCGCAUCUUAACCUCCGAGAUCACCACCACCAACAAAAUGACAAUCACCUCAGCCAGCAAUGCAACGACCUCGCCAGAUACCGCCGCCGACCCCGCGCGGGCCGCCAAGGUCCACGCCCUGAUGCAAAACCUCCUGUCCAAGUCGCCCAUCUAUGGCCUCAUCCUCUCCGACAUCCAACUCGUCUCCGUCGUCGCCGGCAGCGUCACGCUCCAGCUCAAGCUCACAGCAACCCACAUCAACAGCAAAGGCGGUCUCCACGGCGCCGUCAGCGCCACCAUGGUCGACUUCGUCACCGGGCUGGCCAUCUGCUCGCACGACCUGCGCGAAAAGACGGGCGCCUCGGUCGACAUGCACCUCAUGUUCCUGUCGACCGCCCAGGCCGGCGACACGGUUCUCGUCCACGGCACGGCGGACCGCGUGGGCGGCAGUCUGGCGUUUGUGAGCAUCAGCAUCAACAGACUGGGCGAGGAUGGUUCCGAGACCCCGGUCACGCUGGCGCGGCAUUCCAAAUACGUGAGGGGCACGAGGGAAUCGUAA